AUAAAUUCACGUUUAGGUCAUAUACAUCACACGUGUGCUUUAAAACCAGCACAGAAAGUUCAGAGCCAAUUUUAUGACAAAAUAGAAUUAAAUUACAAUAUAAUUCAUAAUUUCAUGUCCAUUCACAUUCCGUGUAUACUUGUUAACAGUAGCUGUAAUGUCCGCUGAAGAAGCAUUAGCGCAUACCUUCACACUCUGAGUGCCAUCGCAGUUCAAUUCCGGUUGCCGAGCCUUUUCACCCCUUUUUCUGUCUUCAAAUGGAAAUGAUUUCCAUUGGCCCAAGGUGUCCAUGUAAAUAGGUGUAAAUGAAACCAGAUUAUGCCUUCCUCCCUGCCCCCUCCUCCCAUGGCAAUUGUCAUGUGAUAGCAAAGAGGUGGCACAUUAAUGGAGCGCCUCUACAGGAGUCUUUUCUGCUCAUGUCACUACAUAAAACUAUCAGACGGUUAGAGGAAGGCCAUGGACGCAUCCACUUAGCUCGUCUUAUCGAGGACGCCAAAUGAAGUCUAUUCAGCUCUGCUAGCGGGACAAGCUGACUUACUUUGCAAGAAAGACUCACAGCAGCCGUCACUCCAUAAAUGUGCACCGUCCGCCCGCCUGCACACUGCAGAGGCGCGCAACCUGGCUGCUUUACGCACGACGUGACUCCAGCUUUGCUCGUGUUGAAACUUUCUGCGGUGGUUGUUUUCAUGAAGAGCGGCAAGCUUUCGCCAAGGAAUUAAGGGAGACUACUUUUUUUAAAUUGUUUUUUGUUUUCCUGAAAAUACUGAGGAUGCCUCGUCCGGGGAGAAACACGUACAGCGACCAGAAGCCACCUUAUUCCUACAUCUCCCUCACUGCCAUGGCGAUCCAGAGCUGCCCAGAGAAGAUGCUGCCUCUCAGUGAAAUUUACAAGUUCAUCAUGGAUAGGUUCCCUUAUUACAGAGAAAACACUCAGCGGUGGCAAAACUCCCUGCGACACAAUCUGUCCUUCAACGACUGUUUUAUUAAAAUCCCCCGGCGCCCAGAUCAACCAGGUAAGGGAAGUUUCUGGGCUCUGCACCCGAGCUGCGGGGACAUGUUUGAAAAUGGAAGUUUCUUGAGACGCCGCAAAAGGUUCAAAGUUUUGUCUUCAUCUGAUCAUUUGGCUCCGAGUAAGCAGUCGGAUGCUGCACAUUACCUCCAGCAGCAAGCCAAGCUGAGACUGAGCGCCCUGGCAGCCACCGGGACACACCUUCCCCAAAUGUCAACUUACAACCUCGGAGUGUCUCAGUCGUCGACUUUUAAGCAUCCGUUUGCCAUCGAGAACAUCAUAGCCAGAGAGUACAAGGUCCCGGGAAGUCUGGCCUUCUCCACCAUGCAGUCCAUGUCUGCCGGCUACCCGCUCCACAACCAGCUGACGACAGCCUGGCCCCACAUGUACAACACCAGCGUGAUUGACACGGCGGCUCCGAUCUCCAUGGCAAGCAGCGACUACAGUGCCUAUGGCAUGCCCAUCAAGUCCCUGUGUCACGGAGGACAGUCCUUACCGGCUAUUCCUGUGCCAAUCAAGCCCACCCCGACCUCCAUGGCCGGUUUCUCAGCGUUACCUCCACACAUCCCCGCGUUUCUAUCAAACUCCCCACAGUCUCUGAGCCCGACGUCCCCACAGACAGCGACGAGCCAAAGCAGCCCCGCAACCCCGAGCGAGACUCUGACGAGCCCGUCCACACUGCAGUCGGUGGCUGUGCACUGACCACCUGAACUUUCCCAAGUAAACGAACUGUUUGGGUUGGCUCACCGGCUGACCCCCCCACCCCCCCCGAAACCCCCGACCUUUUACCAAUUCCAAAGUUUCUAUUUUCUGUCGUCGGAAACUAUCAAGGCGAGUUGCAGUUGCAUAUCGAUUUAUUUGUGUAUGUGUUGAAUGUGUCGCUUUAAAAUCGUGUCAUAGAAGUCCAGCACAGAAUCGCACAGCGAAGUAUUGCUCUUUAAAAUAUAUAUUAUUUGAUAGUUCUAUUUUCCAGUUUAUUGUGAAAUGUGAGUGUUGAAAGUGGAGCCACCGAGGGAAUCCGAGAGAGCAAGUUUGUUUUGGUGCCAUCAACUCUGAGUUUGAAGUGCUUGUAAUUCCCGUGGCAGGUUUCGUUUUUUUUCCACUUGGAUCAAAUAGCAAACUUUUUGCACCGUUUCUGUGUGACCACUGUAAUGUGAGGCAAUUGCUCCGUUUUUGUUUGCUUUUAAUACUGGAAUGAUGGGUAAGGGUAUACCAAAUAGGAAUAGGAUUUAGAUUUGUUCUUACCAUCCCUGUAAGAAAAAAAAAGGAAAAAAAAGAAGCAAACUGAGUUAUGAAAUAUUUUCGAAAAGGAAAAGUAUUGCGAGACGUCCUCAAAAUGCAAGAUGUGAAUAUUGCAAAUAACUGAUACUGAAAUGUUGUAAAAUGCACUUUUUAGUUUUAUGUUUUAGAUAUCUAUUUUCCAGAAGAUGUUCUGUGAAGCAUUUAAUUUAAAAGGCUGUGGUGACCAUGUGUAUCAGAUGCUGUAAUUUUUUUUUUUUAUUAUUAUUUUUUUAGGUACAGCAUGCAUUCUUAAAAACAAAAUGUGUUGUUACUGUUGUUGUUAUUGUUGUUGUUUUGUUUAUUCGUUUGUUUAUUUUUUGCAAAGCAUGCGUGCUUUCGAAAAGUGUGCAAACAGUCUGCAAUGAAUUGGAAAAAAAAAAAAGCUGGUCAUCGAAAUAUUUUCUCAUUAAAAGUGAAGUAAACAAUCAAAAAA